AUGCUUCUGAAAGCUGGCGCUAACCCCAACCGCCUACAACCCGGUACUGGUAAUUCACUCCUUCAUCUUGCCGUCAGAAGAAAGGAUGUUGUCGUCACGGCGAUCCUCCUUCAUGUUGGCGUUGAUGUCAACGCCUUGAACCUUUCUGACACCUCACCGCUUCAAAUCACGGCCGCACAGUUCCACCAGCCACAAGGUGGUGAAGAGGUCCUCGAUCAUCUGCUCAAGAACGGGGCAAAGGUUGAUCAACCGGCCGGAGCGCUGCGGCGAACAACGCUGCACUGGGCGGUAAGAGCUGGGAAUACGACAGCCAUCCGCAGGUUGCUGGAUGGAGGGGCGAAUGUGACUACUGAGGAUAAGGAGCAGAGGGAUGCGAUUGCUUUGGCGGUUAAACACACCAACAAAGUCUUUGUUUCAAAAACUGUGCCCGGAGUCGGUGAUCACAGACUCGGAGAGGCAGUCAGAGAGGUCGAGGCGGGUGAUCACAUUGAGAUUAUGCAAGGUUUAAUGGGCAAGGCACCAGAUGAUUACCACAUCAAAGGAUUUUUGCAUCAAGGGACAUGCGCUACUCAGAGUGCUGCAAAAUAUAUGACUGGUGGGCUGUUGAAAAAGCUGUUGAAGAUGGGGCUUCACUUGGAGACGCCGUCUAAGAACGGUAGCACAGUAAGGCAAUUCAUCGAGGUUGAGGAUCGUGGUCCUGUGAAGCAGGUCGCGAGGAAAUGGGUACCUGCAGCCAGAUAG